AGUUCUCCGAAGUCUUGAAAGAGCUGACACUAUAGACUUCCUUUGACCUACUUCUAACUCCUCUUAGAGUAUCAAGAGCCAGCUUAGUUUUUUUGGUUGAAUUCUAUCUAGGAAAUUGGCAGAUGGCUAGCUACAAUGCCGCAAACAUUUUGUGUUGAUUCACUUUGUACUUUUUGGACGUCACAGGCUUUUUAAUAUUUAUCUUAAGUUAUGUUUUAUGAUUGAGAUAAGAACGUUCAUUUGAUUUCAAAUGAGAGAAGCAAAUGACUGCCCACACCUAAUCAUUUCACUUAUUUUCAAAAUGUGGUUCUGUGUGUUGGUUUUGACUCUAGCCUGUCUCGACUCUACACAGAGUUGCACAGAGGAGGUGCUAAAAAAUGACCCGGAAAGUAGAUGCAACAAAUGUCCAGCAGGCUUUCACAGAGAAACGAAUACCUUCAAAUGCAGAAAAUGUAUCGGCCAGACAUUCACAGCGAUAGUAAAUGACCUGUCAACUUGUCAUCGCUGUAGAAAAUGUGAUAUAGGAGUAUCUCAAGAGGAGAAGAAAGGUUGUGAGCCCAAGAGUGACAUUGUAUGUGGCUGCAAGGAGGGAUUCUACCCAACGAACCUCAACAAGGACUUGUACUGUGAAUCAUGCUCCAAAUGCAAAAACUGUAGUCUCUGUUCCGUGUGUAAGUCAGACUUUAACAAAGACGAGUUGAAGCGAUGCCAACCAUGCCAAACGAAAGAGUGCACGGCUACUUCAACCCCCAAUCUCCCAAAUCCAAAACCCAACCCCGAUAUCAUCAAAAAUACAGACACUUCUCAUCUCCUCUACACCAUGAUGUAUGUCCUUCUGGUUUUCCUGGUCACCACUCUGUUAAUGGCCAGUCUCCUGGUACUGACUAAGGGAGGAUGGAGGGAACAUGGCUGUUGCGCAAACCCUGAAAAGGAACUCCAGUUGCCUACAAGGGACACCUCAGCCAACGAUCAGCUUCAUCAUCAGCCAAACUACCCAACUUCACUGACGCUGAACAUUACUGAAGGGAUUCCCAUGAUGACACUCGCUCACAGUGCUGCCAAGACUGAGUUUGACCCCUUUGUCACACCCCUGCUGCCAGACAGAGAGCCCAGAGUCCCUCGCCAGGACACCCAGGAGGAGCAAUGGCCCGCGACGGUGUUAUAUGCCAUCAUCAAGGAGGUGCCUCUGCGGCGAUGGAAGGAAUUCCUGCGUGUGCUCUCCCUGACCGACCGGCAGCUGGAGCGUGUGGAGCUGGAGCCAGGCCUGGGCUCUAUUGAGAGGCAGUACCAGAUGCUGCGGCUGUGGAGCCAGGGCCCGACUGCAAGUCUGGAGGACGUAUACUCAGCCCUGCUCUACAUGGACCUGGCUGGCUGUGCCUACCAGCUGCAGGGUUGUCUGGAGCAGCUGCAGUGGAGAGCCACAACCAAUGACAUCACCACAGUUUCAUAGGACAACAUGAGUAUUCGAACAGACGUCAAAAAUCGGUCUUAACCGGAGAUUGUUUUCAAAUACUGUGUUGCAACAAAGCGCUAGGUCGCUCUCCAUGCUCACUCUCUCGGUUUGUCAAUGUUUAUGAAUUCCCCACAAUGUAUCAAAAGUAUCAGCAGUACUAAAUUUAGGCUACCAUUAUUCAUUGCCACUUCCCCAUUAAUCUAGAAUGUUUGGUUAUGGUCUUUUCUGUUUAUUCAAUAUAUUAAUACUGCAUACCGUUCUCAUUCUGGUAGUGUACACGUUUGGAGAGCUCACAAACUGCGCUGUGAUAAUGAAGUUGUGGUUUAUUUAAUUAUACAAAAAUAUAAAUGCAACAUGCAACAAUUUCAAAGAUUUUGCUGUUACAGUUCAUAUAAGGAAAUCAGUCAAUUGAAAUAAAUUCAUUAGGCCCUAAUUUAAGGAUUUCACAUGACUGGGAAUACAGAUAUGCAUCUGUUGGGCAUCGAUACAUCUCCUUAGCAUAGAGUUGAUCAGGCUGUUGAUUGUGGCCUGUGGAAUGUUGUCCCACUCCUCUUCAAUGGCUGUGAGAAGUUGCUGGAUAUUGGCGGGAACUGGAACACGCUGUCGUACACGUUGAUCCAAAGCAACCCAAACAUGCUCAACGAGUAACAAGUCUGGUGAGUAUGCAGGCCAUUGAAGAGCUGAGACAUUUUCAGCUUCCAGGAAUUCUGUACAGAUCCUGCGACAUGGGGCCAUGCAUUAUCAUGCUGAAACAUGAGGUGAUGGCGACGGAUGAAUGGCACGAGAAAGGGCCUCAGGAUCUCGUCACGGUAUCUCUGUGCAUUCAAAUUGUGCACAAAGUGAGCAUUUGCCCACUGAAGUCGGUUACAACCCUCGUGAAGACGACGAGCAUGCACAUGAGGUUCCCUGAGAUGGUUUCUGACCAUUUAUGCAGAAAUUCUUUGGUUGCGCAAACCCACAGUUUUAUCAGCUGCCUGGGGGGCUGGUCUCAGACUAUCCCGCAGGUGAAGAAGCCAGAUGUGGAGGUCCUGGGCUGGUGUGGUUACACGGGGUCUGUGGUUGUUAGGCCGGUUGGAGGUUCUGCCAAAUUCUCUAAAACGACGUUGGAGGAGGUUUAUAGUAGAUACAUAACAUUCAAAACAUAUGUCAAUAAGGUAUUUCAUGUUGUUUUUUUUCAUACAUUUGCUAUUUUUAUUUUUUUUUAUCUGUUUUUGCUUUGUCAUUAUGGGGUAUUGUGUGUAGAUUGAUGAGAAAAACAACAUUUUAAUCAAUUUCAGAAUAAGGCUGUAACGUAACAAAAUGUGGAAAACGUCAAAGGGUCUGAAUACUUUCCGAAUGCACUGUAAAUAAAUGUGGAACACAAAAGUUA